UGAAACAAGAAAUACAAUAAACAAAAAAAAAAAAAAAAAAAAAUCAAGAAAACAAGACGGAAGAAAUCUUCAAAAUCCAACCAAAUCCACCUCACAUACAAACCCAAUUCAAUCAUGAUUCUCCCACAAAUACCCUUCUGCAAACACGAUCUUUUUAAAGCUUUUAAUUUGGUCACAACAUCAUCACAUACAACAAGAAAAAGCACAAACCAUCUCAUCCCCACUGCACCCUUUCAUCUUCCUUUAUUUAAAUCUUUGUUCUCUCUCUCAUCUUUUUAUUAUCUUCUUUCAAACCCUUUAACAAAAUUUAAAAUUUCAACAACAUUGUGGUCUGAUGAGUAAAAAGAUGAAGAGGGUUGCUUUUGAUUUGAAUCAGUAUGAUAAUGAUAGAGCAAGAUUCAAACAUCAAACCCUUGUUCAAGAUUUCAUUGAGUUGCAACAGGAAACAGAGGCUGCGAGAAACAAUUUGCUGGCCUUGAAGCAAAAGAAACUGACCUUACAAGCAGAAGUUAGAUUCUUGAGGCGAAGACACAAAUUUCUAUUGCAGAACAAGUCGAUGACCCUUCAAGAACAGGUUAUUUCGAACACACAACCAACCCAGUUCAGAAAAAGUAAAAAAGACGAGGUUAAUUUCGGAAAGCAGAGAACUCUACACAACUUACCACCCGUAGGGAAGAAAAAAACUGCUCGAAGCAUACCGUCACCUGAAUUCGACAUGAUUCAUGGAAAUUCUUUACACGGUGUAAAACAACAAUCACUUCAAAGAGCGAUUGCUAACCGCAGGGUCCGGGUCAAUGGACCAAAGGGGUCUCCAAUUCAUAAUUUGAGGCAGAAAGACAUGUUUGGAAGUCAAGAACACUUGGGUCAAAGUCAAAGUCAAACCCAAAAGCCUGUAAUUGACCUGAACCAGAUAUCUAUAGAAGAUGAAGAAUUACAAGAUCAUCAUCAGCCGUUUAAAUCUUUGACACAUGGUCUAUUAAAUAAUGUCGGUGGUUCGGGUUUGGGUGCGAGUGUUAGGCUUGGGAAGAGGAAGAUCUCUUGGCAAGACCCUGUGGCUAUAAGGGCAUGAUGUUCAUGAAUAGAGGACUUUGCUGGAUAUGUGGAAUGUGAUUUAUGACAGUGGUUUUAUGGUUCAAAAUGACAAGUUUUUGUAAAGAAAGGUUUUUAGAUUUUUGUGGGUUGUUAAAAUGGAAGGAGCAUUUUGAAAAUAUUAUUUAGUGAAUAUUUUAGUGAUAUGUUAAUUGAUUGAAAAUAUUAUAGUAA